AUGGGGCUAGUUGUUAGUGCUCCUUUUAUCUUUUUUGAAUAUGAAAUUGGGAAGAUCUUAGCUUUGCAGCAACUGGAAGUGGAAAAUCGAAGAUUACAUGCAAAUAUGACUAAACUUCAGCUAUCAUUCGAUGAUUGCUGUUCUAAUCAAACAUUAGAUGAUGGACCAGGACGAGAAGAAUUGCUAAAGCAGUACAAUCAGCUGCAAUUUGAAGUUGACAGAUGGCGAGAGGAAUGCAUUCAGUUACACAGUAUUCUAGCAAAGCAAACUGAAGGUUUGAAGAAUGUUGCUAGUAUCAACUAUGGAAGUCAUGUACACUUAAUAAAUGAGGUUGUGGAGCUAGUACUGGCAUUUGAAGCACAGAAGAAGAUAAACAGGCAUGUUGGAAGAUAUACAUGUGUUACAAAAAUUGUCAUGAACAUUAGAUUGAUUAUGGAAAUUUUGAUUGAAAGCAUUAUAUUUACAAUGAUAUGUGUUGCAGACAUGUUAACUGUGUUGGAAUUAAAGCCACAUAUUGCUGUAACAUUACUGCCAGGAUUGCCUGCAUACAUUUUGUUCAUGUACAUUAGGCAUGCCGACUGUCAAAAUGAUUAUGAGAAAGUACAGUUACUUCUGACAGCAACUAUCUACACCAUUGAAAAAGUUACUAAGAAAGGCCAUGAUGAUAUUGAUACAAUGGUUUUGUGGCUUUCAAAUACUGUGAGGCUUCUGCAUAAUCUGAAACAGUAUAGUGAAGACAAAACAUUCCAAAGUGAAAACACAUCACUACAGAAUGAACAGUGUCUACAGAAUUUUGAUCUCACUGAAUACAGAGAAGUUCUUUCAGAUACAGCUGUAGAAAUCUACCAGAGUCUUGCUGGGCACAUACAAGAAAAGAUAGAGCCACUGGUGGUGCCAGCUAUUCUUGAACAUGAAGAAAUAAGUGGCUUGACAAGUCAGAUAGCUAGUGGAAAGAGAGGAAGAGCUGUGUUGUCAUCAUGGGAUUCUGAGCCAUUUUUGGGUGUACAGAAGUCAUUGGAUGCACUCUUGCAGGAACUAAAUUAUAUCUAUAAAAUUAUGGGGAACCAUGGUGUUGACAUAGAACUUACUGUCCAGAUAUUUCGGCAGGUAUUCUACUUCAUCUGUGCCAUUUCAGUGAAUAACCUACUGCUCCGAAAGGAUUUGUGUCAUUGGAGUAAAGGAAUGCAGAUAAGAUAUAAUCUAUCACAUCUUGAACAGUGGUGUCGUGACAUGAGACUACAGUGUACUGAUGUGCCAACCACAUUACAGCCCAUAAUUCAGGCUGCCCACUUGCUACAGGCUCGUAAGCUGGAUGAAGAUGUUCAGCAUGUAUGCAAUAUGUGUGAUAAACUUUCAAUGUUGCAGGCCACAUUGCUAAUGGACACAAAAUUCAUGUUCCCAGUAAGAUUUCCUUUUAAUCCAUCAAAAAUCCAUCUUGAAGACAUAGAAGUACCAGAGGUGUUGAACCUACCAAUGCUAAAAAAAGUUUAA